UAGUAAAUAAUGAUUCACUCACUAAAAGAACAAACAAUCCAGUGUGAUGUCUUAAAUUAGUCUGACCGAGGCCGGAAUCACGGAAACAAUGUAAUCUGAAAUAAAACAACGUGGAAGAGGACAACUUUUUGCAUAAAGCUAAAACCAAAGUUUUCAUGACAUUAAAUUAACGUAAGAGGCGACACAGUACACAGUUUAUCUAAUCUCAGAGUUUACAGCCCUGACACUUUUCCUUACGCUGAGGAGUACUUUUUCUGUCUAUCAAAGUCUCCCGGCAUCCUGACAGGUAGCCAAUGGGAGCGCCCUGUCGCACGAGCCCGCCGCCCCCGGCACCGUGUCCCGCGCGCCCAUUGGACGGACUGAUGAAACCCAGGAAAGCAGCACACGAGCCGCUCGCGUGCGGGCUCGGGCUCUAUAGAUAAAACCUGCGGCGCUGGAAACAGGAGCUGAGUGCAGCUUGGUGAGGAGACACAAGUCGCUUGUGGCAUUUGCCAUCACUUGCCAGGAGAAGGCGGAACUCAACGUACUGGACACUGGACCUUUUAUAUCUUGUGCAUCGUUCUGUUACUGAUAAAGUGUUUUGUUUGGACUGCCACGCUGUUUUUAAUCAUAAAACUUGAAAAUGCCAGCCGGUAGUUUCGAAAGGACAUCUCCGUCCGCUGUGGCUGCCACACCGGCAAGUGGGGACUCCACACCCGAAAAACCCCGCACUCUGUCAGAGAACCGAAAGUCCUCCAAACCAAUCAUGGAAAAGCGGAGACGUGCGCGCAUCAAUGAGAGUCUGGGCCAGUUGAAGACCCUCAUCAUGGACGCACUCAAGAAAGAUAGCUCCAGACACUCCAAAUUGGAGAAGGCGGACAUCUUGGAGAUGACUGUGAAGCACCUCAGAAACCUUCAGCGACUUCAGAUGACUGCUGCAGUGAACACAGAUCCGUCCGUCCUGGGUAAAUACCGAGCAGGGUUCAGCGAGUGUGUUGGAGAGGUUACUCGCUUCCUGUCCACGUGUGAAGGGGUGAACACAGAGGUGAGGACUCGUCUCCUCAGCCACCUGGCAGCCUGCAUGACCCAAAUCAACGCCACAAAUUUCUACACACCUCACCCAGGCGCACUGGGACUCGGACAGACGCAGGGUACGCAGAUCCCACCUGUUUCUGCUCCACAGAUGCCUUGCAAAAGUGGCUCAGCGAUGCACGUCUCCCCAGAAGCUAUGAAGGUGUACGGUGGCUUCCAGGUGGUGCCAACACCGGAUGGACAGUUUGCUUUUCUUGUUCCCAGUGCAGCUCUCAUGCCACUGAAUGCACAAAACAGCCAUCACAUGUCACCUGUUGCACCUCCGGUCACCUCAGACUCUGUGUGGAGGCCCUGGUAGGAAAUCUGCACAAGGACUAUCGCACAAUAAAACAUAUUUUUGUACAUUUUGUAAAUGUUUUCAAAACCUACUUGAAAGGGAUGUCUACACACAUUUGUGUUUGUCUAUAUGGCCUCUUUGCUUGCUGUGAUUUUCUGUUUUUGGUGUCAUUUGCCUCAGGAGGUCAAGAAAAUCCUUGAAAAGCUCUUGAAAAGCACUGUAUUUUUUGAGAUUAAUAAAAUGUUUCUAUGAUGUUUAC